CAGCAGACACUGGUGUUUCAAAGACAGUCGCCACUCGACGUCCGCACAGAACGGAAAGGAGAUCUACACAAUCUAUUUUAUCUAAAAAAAAAUUUGUUUUCGAAAGUUUGUUUUUUUCUAAUAUUAACAAAACAUGGGGAGAAAAUAAAACAAAAGUGCGAGAAGAAAAUAGGAAUAAAAAAAAAAGUUGUUCACAGAAAAAGGGGGAUUAAAAAAAAGUGCACGUGACAGUAUACCUCUCACUGAAGACAACGACCCUGGUGAUCGUGUUUGCUUCGCGCUUAAAGUGCAAGGACUGUGGGGUGAUAGUGCUUCUGUAGUACACUGACACGGAAUCAACAGCUCUCACACGCUUCACUUUGAUUUGCAGAGAGGCAAUUUUUCUUUUGCUGCUGCUGCUGAUGCUCUUCAAUUUGUGUUCAAUGAGCUUUUCCCAAAGUGUCAAGGUCGCUUCAACUGGUUCUGCAAAUUCACUUCACUUUUUUCCUGUGAGUUCUACAAAUUCACUUGUUGUGUCGAUGAGAUAAGUUACGAAUUCUGGAUCUACGAUUUCUGUUUGAUGAGAUAAAAAGCGAAUUUCUUAAAGCUUCUUUAUUUGAGAAGCAUUUCUUCACUGAGCCUUUAAUGCGACUUUUAAAGGUGAAGAAAAGUGGAAUUGCUGUUGGAACUUGUCAGUAUUAGCGAGAGCCGAGUUAUGAUGUCUUGAUUGCUGAUUUCAGCAUCGUAACUGUGAAUAAAGAUUUAUGUGAAAGAGCUUCUUUUUCUUAUCAUCAUCUUCCUCAUAUCCUCGAGAAUUAAGUGUCUUCUAUCUUCAGUCCUCAGUUACACUCUGAGAAACUAGAGAAAUUCAGUCUUCAAACACUGAAGAAAACUCGAAGAACAUACAACAGAUUUUAACAGAUUUCAACAGAUCUCAACAGAUUUUAACAGAUAUCAACAAACAUCUUGGAUACAUUGCUCAUAGUUUCCAGUGGUGCAUUAGUCCCCGAUUGAAAUGAGAUAAAUCGAUUUUGCAAAAUAAGAAUAUUUUUGUGUAAAAAGUAAAACAACUGUGACAGCUUCAACACGUGCGACACGACAAUAACGGCACAUGUAAGCACCGGUGCGAGAUUAGCGACUUGAUGGAACUAGCGAAGAACCAAUCGCGUACAAGCUGUUUGGCACGAGCCAUCGGCGAAAUGAGAUGGGUUGGGGUGAAGUGAAAUGGAAGGGAAAAUGAAAUGGAACCAAGUGAAAUGAACUGAGAGAAAGUGUACUCUCGUCAGGUACGAGUGAGCACGUGUUUUUUUUUCCUUUUUUUUCUCUCCCGAAAAAGAAGUGUACCCAAAAAAAAAAGAGAGGAAAUUAGUGCAGAGAGAUACAGAAAAAUUAAGAUCUGUAUGUAGGAUCUGUAUUAAGAUCUGUACUAAGAUCUGUAUUAAGAUCUGUACUAAGAUCUGUAUUAAGAUCUGUACUAAGAUCUGUAUUAAGAUCUGUCCUAAGAUCUGUUCUCAGUGCUUUUUUUUUUAAGUGUUUGAAAAUUUAUGAAAUUUAUUGUGGUGAGGAGAAAAAAACUUGGCGAGGCCGUGCAAUAUUUGUAAAUAGGAAACACGCCGAUUUUGCAAUAAUUUUAUUAUAACGAACGAAGAGAAUAAUAUUGAGAGAGAGGAGGGAAAAUUGAUGACAGUGACACGGGGAGGAGAAGAGAGUUCCCCUGUGACAGUUCACACUACUACGAUAUUAUUUUAUUGGAUAUCGCUCUUACUGACUUCCUUCACGAUAACGGCAUUUUCAAUGCGUCGACUAAUGGAGGGAAGGUGACCUGCGAGUCCUAACAAAGCUGCGAUCAGAAAACAGAAGGAUCAACGUCCGAGAGGGAAAAAUGAUCAAGAUCAAUUUGAAACGUUCCGCCAAGCACUGGAGGAUUACUUUGUUUUUCCUGGGUUUUCUAGGUUCAUUGGAACUUAUCGGUUCAGCUCCUGUGAAUCCAGAGAGAGCAAAGGAAAAUACAACGUCACUGUCAUUGAAGAGAAGAUCACUGGGACAGGAUUUUGACUCACCUCUCAAUUUGGCCUGGCAAGCUUGGCUUUUGCAAAGUUCUCAACCUGGUUCAGAGACCGAUCAAAAUUCAUCCACAGCCAAUAGACGAAUAACGCCAAAAAGUGUCUUUAUAGCGCCACAAUUGGAACUCGAACCCUGCGCCGACGGCUAUAAAGCAGACAGUAUGGGAAGGUGUCAGAAAAUCGUCAAUAUUGAUCAAGAGGCCUACGAUAAUUUUCUACUCCAACAAUUGAAUAAACUACUAGGCAAGGGAACAUCAUCGGAAACGAGUUCCAACGAGAAAAAACAAUCCUCCGGUCCCAUUCAAGUGAACAUCCCUCUUCUUCUAGAAACAAACAAAGGCGAAUCCAAUUCGCAGGAGGAAGAGAUUGAAAUCCCCCUCGAGGCAAUACCAUUAGAAACAAAGAAAGAGGAAUCAUUCAUUGACUACAAUGUAAGGAAUGAAACAAACAUUCCCCCCGAGGAAGAAGAUCACGAGGACUCAUUGUUUCUAGAUUCAAAUUUCACGAUUCAGAAGGACAAGGAAUCACCAGCGCUUGUUGUUCCCGUUGCUACAUUUAAUGACGAGGCGAACGAGACCUUCUCCGACAUUGUGGACUACAAAAUACCACUCGGUGUCCAAAACAUCUCUAAUCCACAAGACGAUCGUAAAGAUUCUAAGGAGGGAUCACCCCAAACGGAAGACUCCUGGACCGAUGAGGAAAAUUCGACAAAAGAUGAGUACUUCACGAAAGAAGAAUACCCAACAACAGUGUCUACAAGAUUAGAGGAGGAGGAGGAGAGCACGACUUUGGCACGUGACACGAGAAUAGAGAACAUGACCGAGAGACCAAUUCGAAAGGAGAUCAUAAAUGAUCACGUGCUUGAUAUUGACUCAGAAAUGGAAACUUGGAAGAACGAGAGCGACGCGUCACCAAUUCAAGGUACAAAGAAAAAUGAGACGAUCGAUGCUGACGUUGUUUACGAGGAAGAAUUCGAACCGGAUCUCGAGGACCAGGAGUACUUAGACACAACACAAGUCUCGGAGGAGGAAUCCGAGGAUGAGAUCCUCAAACAUGGGGAGACUGGCAUGACGAUUCCAAUCGAGAAUCAAGCCCUGAUUCGCUCUGGCAAGAAGAAAAAGAAGAAAACAAAGACAACGACAACGACGACCCAAGUACCGAAAGAUGACUACUUGAUGGAAACAACUACUUUUUUUAACAUCGAAAGCGAUUCAGCACCGACCACCGAGCGAGCCGAGGACCUCGAGAGUAACUUCUCCAGUGAAGUCAGCAUCAACAAAGACUUCAUCGUGGAAACGACUCUCCUCGACGUAAAUAGUGAAAAGGUGAAAAAUUCCACGGAACCUGUUUCUGCAAAUAGCACCGCCAGCCAACAGAACCACGACGACGACGACGAUUUGAAAGCACUCUUCGAGUCCGAAAAAAAACUCAUUACGGAACCAGAGGUCGUCUUCUCGCCACAGGAUAAUCGUGGCUCGAACAUUUAUGGCAGGAAACGAGACGGGCAGCUUCUUAAGACUAAUUUUCAGUCAAUCAAGGACUCACACAAUUUGACUACCACCGAACCACCUGUGGUUUCAAAGCCAUUUCCACACUCGGCUCGUCUUCGAGACCCUGUGGCGAGUCCAAUAGAACAAGUACCCGAAGAACAAGAAGCCAACUUCCACAGUAAGCGAAUUCUCCCCCUGAACAUCGAGAGCAAGUUCCCUUUACAGUCCGCCAACCUUGACCCAAAACCAAACUUCGGCAGACCAACCGCCAAUCGUAAUCAAAAUAAAAACUUCGUCAAAUUCCCCAGCAACGAACGAACACGUCCGGGUUACGUUCGAUUCCCCUCCGACGACGUCAACAGCAUUCACAGUCCCGAAUUCAAAGACCGUUUCACCUUCUCCCGCGAAGAAUACCCCAACACAUCCGGAGGGACAAAAAAUCAGUUCAAUCAGAAACAACUAGGUUGGCGAUUUCCACCAGCGACCCAGACAAACCAAAAUCCCAUGCUCCUGCGAUUCUGGAAGCGAAUGCCUCUCCUCAGGGACCCGAGUUUAGACCCCCGGUAUCCGAGUGCACCAGAAAAAGAAGCGACUUCCAGGUCAUCGCGCAUCUCACCCUCGAGGAGAAUAAAUUUCUACACUGAAAAAUCGCCGCACGAAGUAAAGAGAGUCCUCUCUCAGAAUAUGCGCUCACCUAUCGGCGUUUAAGAGAAACAAAAAAAAAAAAGAAGCUGGGAUGCUUUUCUUUAAACUAAUAGGGCGGCUCUCGCGACGUCUUUCAGAACGGUGCCAAAUAAGUAUGAGCUAAGGAAUUCCACGAAGCCGGGACACGAGAGAGGUCUGCUUCGAUAUUUGCAAUUGAAUCCGAUUGCGCAAGAACGGAAUUCAAGUCUUCUUCUCGCCAAGAAAGCGAGAAAUCAAGACAUAAAGAAUAAGUCUGGUCAUUUUCAAGUUUCACAAAAAAUUUGCAAUUUUCAAAAAAGAGAAAAAAAAACAAGUCAAUCUAAGAUGUAAGAUGUAUUAACGAUCCGAGUGAAAACUUGAAUCGGAGAAAGUGGAGACGACGAAAGUUGCGAGGACAUUGCACAACAUUGACGUUAUUCAGUUCUAUCACGGAUAUCCUUUCGAGAGAAAGAAUAUAUCAGCUGAAGAGAGAAUGGGUUCAACAAUAAAAAAAAAAAGAAAAAAUGCACAUGGAAGCCAAUAAUUGUUUGGACAUUUAGAAAAUUGUUGUUACUACUUGAAUGCUUCCACACAUAAAUAUUAAUAUAAAAAAAUCAGCAAUUUUCCAUAAGCAUAAAUUUAAAAUAACGCUUAUUCAUAUUAAGAGUAAUUAUUUGUAUAUUCCAAAUUUAAAAAAAGCUAACAAACACUUUUUGUAAGUUUAAUAAAUAUUCCUAUACAGGUAGACUAAACUGCGUUUAAGUAGUUAUAGCAAUUCUAAAUGAUUUUUAAUAUUUAUUCAUGUGGGAACGUGUGAAUAUUACCCACAAUUCAUUGUUGUGAAUUUCUAACAAGAAUUCUAUAGUGGAAUUUAUAUCUAAUUUUCACUUAAGCGAAAUUUUUCAGUUCUUUGUUGAAUAGCGAAAGUAAUUUUCUCUCUGGUUUUUUUGAAUGAUAGAAAGAAUGGAAAAUUCUCUUUUCUUUUAUAAUCGAAACUAGGUUGCGUUGGUUUUCCUCGAUGACGAAUAAAGGUCAACGAAAUGAUAAUGAAAAAAAGCAGAAUUCUCAUUUUUCAAAAAAAAAAUAAAUAAAUAAAUAAAUUCUUUUAAAAGUUGUUAAAUAAAUGUUCCGAAAAUCCGAAAGUUCUGAACGUUCAAAUGAAAGAAAUUUGUUUCUCAAAU